AUGUCCAGCCUUCUUGAGCCAGUUGUCGUCGGCGGAAAGCUAUCGCUGAGAAACCGAAUCGUCAUGGGAUCCAUGACUCGGAACCGCUGCAUCGAUAACUUCAAGCCAGGUCCGGCUCAGGUCAAACAUUACGCUGACAGGGCUCGGGACGGAGUCGGACUCAUCGUGAACGAGGGAACUUUUGUCGACUGGACCGGUUGUGACUGGACCAAGAGCCCCGUCAUGAUCAACGAUGACCACGCUCGGGCGUGGCGGUUGGUAACGGAUGCCGUUCACCGAGAGGGUGGCAAGAUUUAUUUUCAGGCAUGGCAUGCAGGUCGUUGCCAGCAUGAUCAAAUCCCCAUAAUGAAGGAAAAGGGAGGAGAAGUCGAGGCGCCUUCCGCCAUCAGAGCCAACGAUGGGAAAUAUCGUCAACUACCCGGAAAGCCGGGGCACACGGAUAAUAUCAAGGCCAUCGAGAACCCGCGUGAUGUAAUCGAAAAAUAUCGGAAUUCAGUCAUGUUGGCUCGGGAGGCCGGCUUUGACGGCGUAGAGCUGUUGGCACAAGGUGGUUACUUGCCCCAACAGUUUCUCAGCUCGCGAGCGAACAAGCGUACAGAUGCCUACGGUGGCUCGGUCGAGAAUCGAUGCCGCUUCGUUUUGGAACUGGUCAAUGCCAUUGCCGAGGUAUUCGGCGGUCCCGAGUUCAUUUGCGUCAAAAUCAACCCCACAGACUUCAUCAACGACUCUCUGGUGGAUUUCGACGAGAUGAAACGGGUCUUUACGUAUUUAAUCACGGAGCUAGUCAGCCGCAAGGUCGGCAUCAUCAACAUCGGCCGUCGCGGGGCAGAGACCAAGAGCGAGACGGGCGACUUCUUCGGGAAACUGGAGCUGCCCGAGGGCCACCUGCCCGCGGGCUAUGAUCCCGUCCUCGAUUUCGGAAGACUUGUGAAGUUUCGUGGCAGUCACUCGCUGCUCAUGACUAAUCAUGACUACACUGUCGAAGAAGCUGCCGAGCUGGUGGAACGGCAGAAGCUAGACCUGAUCACGUUUGCCAGGCCCUUCAUUUACAACCCGGACUUGAUUACGCGUAUCAAGCACGGGAUUCCGUUCGCCCGCAACGAUCGAGGCCCCACAGUCUACUACGGGCCGUACGAUUCGCCUGAUGAGAAUUACAAUGACUGGCCCGCCGCUAGCACGGCCCUGAUCCUGUUGCCCGCCCUCAAACCUGACAGAAACAGUGCUGAUGACCCUCUUGUGGGUGUCAGUGGACAGCUGGACGCUCUUCUUGGUGAAGUUGACAGCGAAUACUUGUCCGCCCGCGAGAUCGUAGCGGAUACUAUACCCGGAUAG